AGUGUAUGUAAACGGAUUGAAAUAUCACACUGUGUUAUUGUAGUGUAUGUAAACGGAUUGAAAUAUCACACUGUGUUGUUGUAGUGUAUGUAAACGGAUUGAAAUAUCACACUGUGUUAUUGUAGUGUAUGUAAACGGAUUGAAAUAUCACACUGUGUUAUUGUAGUGUAUAUAAACGGAUUGAAAUAUCGCACUGUGUUAUUGUAGUGUAUGUAAACGGAUUGAAAGAUCACACUGUGUUAUUCUAGUGUAUGUAAACGGAUUGAACGAUCACACUGUGUUAUUGUAGUGUAUGUAAACGGAUUGAAAUAUCACACUGUGUUAUUGUAGUGUAUGUAAACGGAUUGAAAUAUUACACUGUGUUAUUGUAGUGUAUCUAAACGGAUUGAAGGAUCACACUGUGUUAUUGUAGUGUAUGUAAACGGAUUGAAAGAUUGCACUGUGUUAUUGUAGUGUAUCUAAACGGAUUGAACGAUCACACUGUGUUAUUGUUGUGUACGUAAACGGAUUGAAAGAUUGCACUAUAUACAAUGUACACUGUGUUAUUGUAGUGUACGUAAACGGAUUGAAGGAUCACACUGUGUUAUUGUAGUGUACGUAAACGGAUUGAAGGAUCACACUGUGUUAUUGUAGUGUGUGUAAACGUAUUGAAAGAUUGCACUAUAUACAAUGUACACUGUUUACGGCCAGCUGCAGUUUAGGAAUGUGUACUUGUACACAAUGUAUGUGUGUCCUAGGCGUCAUUUAGUAGAGCGAUAACAUGGAGGUUGCGGGUGUUUCCGUGUCUCCAUUGCUAGUUCUGAUGCCUCUAGCUGUCAUUCUUUAUGUAUAUUUGAUGAGCCGAGACUUCUGGACCUUCACCAAGAUGGGGAUACCAGGCCCUAAACCUGCACUGGUUUUCGGUAAUCUUGGCCAGAUAGUAAAGAAGGGUAAUCGCGCCUUUCUUGUGGAUGGGAUACGGGAAUUCGGUAGCGUGUUUGGGUUUUUUGAUAUGCUGAGCACAAAUCUCGUGGUAGCAGACAAAGAAAUGGCGAGGGAAAUUCUCGUGAAGCAGUUCAAUAACUUUCCAGAUAGACGGAGUUUAGAAGGCUUCAAUGGGGAUAUCGAUAAUAGUCUUUUGGUAACUAAAGGUGAACAGUGGAAACACGACAGAAGCAUUAUAUCUCCCACAUUUUCAUCUGGAAAAAUACGCAAGAUGGCGCCAUUGAUCCAAAAAUCAUGUGAAACGUUGAUAGAAACCUGCCGCAAUGCCAUGAAGUCUGGCAACGACGGUCAAGUGGAGAUAAAGGAACUGUUUGGUGGUUAUACUAUGGAUGUGAUCAGUUCCACUGCAUUUGGUAUUCACAUAGAUUCCCAGGGUAAUCCGGACGACCCAUUCAUAAGGCAUGCAAAAAGAUUAUUCGACUUCACAAUCAUGGGUACCUGGAUACUCCUUGCUAUGUUAUUUCCACCAAUCAAACACAUAUUGAUACGAUGUGGUAUUUACGCUUUGCCGAGAGACAGCAUGGAUUAUUUCCGUCAAUUUACUUCUCGGCUUAUUGAAGAAAGAAAAAGAAACAAGAAGGAAGGUCGCAGUGAUUUUCUCCAGUUGAUGAUUGACUCCCAAGAAGAAAGUCAGGCACCAGAGGGAGGCGAAAGUUCCACUGAUCCUAAGGAAUCAAAAACUAAACUAAAAGGUAUGAGCUUUGAAGGGAUUCUGGCGAACGCAGAAGUGUUCUUUGUUGCGGGUUACGAAACUACGUCUGUAACCCUGACAAUGCUAGCUUACAACCUUGCUACAAAUCCAGACUGUCAGGAGCGACUCCGUCAAGAAAUUGAAGAAGAGAUUGGAUCGAAAAUGAUCGACUAUGAUAAUAUCCAGAAGCUCCAUUACCUGGACAUGUGUCUAAGUGAGACUCUCCGGAUCUAUCCGCCUGCACUGAGAAUAGAAAGGACUUGUAUAAAAACAACCAAGGUCAAGGACAUAACGAUUCCAGCCGGAAUGGUGGUAACUAUACCUGUGUAUGCCAUGCAUCAUGACCCAGAUGUUUGGGACAAACCAGAUGUUUUCAAUCCAGAAAGGUUCUCAGCGUCGGAGAAGGCAAACCACGAUCCAUUUGACUACAUUCCCUUCGGAUACGGUCCACGUAAUUGUAUCGGUAUGAGGCUAGCUUUACUGAAAGCAAAAAUGGCAACAGCAUAUAUCAUACGCAGCUUCCGGUUGUGUGUCGGUAGUAGAACUGACAUUCCACCGAAAAUGGAUGAUUCCGUAAAUUUGAAGCCAAUCUCUUCUUGGCUGAAGAUGGAGGAAAUCAAAUGAGAUCACUUAGCAUGAGCUAAAAUGAACAUCUUACAGACUGACACUAUGAAUAGCACCAAUAACUAAAUCGUCCGAAAUGAUCACUAAUCUGAAGAGAGAACAAGUCACCAGCAAAUAGUUCAAAUAUACGAUAUUCUAUUUUUUACGACAAAUUGAAUAAAAAAGCGAUAACUAUUUAUUGACUAUAUAUGUAUGAUUUAAAGUGAACUUAACGGGAUAUCCUUGACACAAGUGAUUUAUAGCUUGUCCUGAAAAAUAGCUAUAACUUCGUUACGCCCCCUUGGAUCUCGAUGUUUACAUUAUAACAAACGACGUCUCAAGGAAUUGUGUUUAUUUUCACGAAUGAAGUUUCUGUCUGAUGAAGAUAUUGUUUAAGUAAAAUGACGUAACAGCCCCUUUGGUCUUGAUGUACACUUUAUAACAAAUGAUGUCUCAAGAAAUUGUAUCUAUUCACCAACUACAGUUUUUGUGUGGUGAAUAUGCUGUUUGAAUAAAAUCAUGAUAAAAUUGUAUCAUUAAGUUGUCAUUGUCUCUCACAAAUAUAUGUCGGUACCUUAUUGUUAGAAUUAUAUGAAAGGUUUGCAGGAAAGAUGUUUUAGAGACUGCCUGAUUGCUUAUCAAUUCUCGAAAAUAAAAUUUAAUUAUUAAGAUUACUCAGUUUCUAUUAUUCAAUGUUCUUUUCCUCUUUCAAUAAAGCAUGUUCUCAGAAACUCAGAAACGAAUUUAUCAUAGACCCUAGUUAUGAAAGAUGUCAUUCAAAUGUCUGUCGGCUUAUGAUUUGCCAAUACCUGUCCAGAUGGCUAGAAAUCGAGUAUGCUCUUGGAUGGAAUAAUAAAAAUGACAUUAUCAGCAAAAUGGUUUCCUACAUGUACCUAAUGGGGACUUUUGACAAAAUUUACAUAUUGUCCCAUUUUAACGAAUCAUUAUGUAUAUGAAAUUAUUGAUGAGUUUUAGGAGGACGAAAGAGUUGUGUGAUGCAGCUGAAUUCUAGGGUUGGCUGCGUUGUACCUAGAUUGUUUUCAAAU